AGAGCUGCAUUUGCCAGCCAGAGAUGGACUACAAACCGCUAUCGACGAAUGAAAAGGAGGGCAUCCCGCCCCCUGUGCAAGCUCCUGCGCCUGUACCCGCGAAGGACGCAAGAGUAAAGAAAUGCCGUCGCCUGGCGACAUUUGCCAGGCACCUUGUCGUACUCUCGCUGGUGUUCCUUACCCUGCGUUACUGGGGCUCUCAGAUGAAAGCCGAGGUCGACGCCGAGGUGGGUGCCUGGCUCCCUGAGUUAUUCGCGUUCGACCAUCACCACCACCACGGCGGCGGGAAGCAUGGGGGUGCGAAGCACCCAGUUCUGCACGGCAAGGCCACGGAGCACGCCUAUCUAACCGUUCCCAACCCCGCGAGCGCAAUCCUGGCCUCCCGCCAAUAUGCUACGACGCCACACAUGGCAGGCACACCCGGCGACUUCGACACCGCCAAGCUCUGGCUCUCUCUGCUACAAAGUGAGCUCGGCGCGGUCGCGCCUGCGAGCGAACCCAUCUAUUCCGCCGGCUCGGCCGAGUCGCGGAACGCCACCUUGUCCAUCCCGCAUUCGAAUGCCCCUACGGCGUGGAUCGACGUGUACUACCCGGUCAUGAAUACCCCGGUUAACCACAGCGUGACAAUCCUGGGUGAGGACGGGCAGCCUGUAUGGACUGCCCCGCUCGAGGAGGUCGCGGACGAGACGGACCCGGAGGCGGGACAGUACGUUGAGGCUGUACCAGUGUUCCAUGGCCUUAGUGCUUCGGGAGAGGCGUCAGGCAAGCUCAUAUAUGCGAACUAUGGGCGACAGGAAGACUUCAAGGCUCUCGUUGAGAAAGGCGUAAAUUUCACUGGCUCAAUCGUCCUCGCUCGCUAUGGAGGCAUCUUCCGCGGUCUCAAGGUCAAGGGUGCGCAGGAGCUUGGCGCUGCAGGCGUGCUCAUCUUCUCGGACCCUUCCGACGACGGCGCUGUUACCGAGGACAACGGCUACCUUGCUUACCCAUACGGUCCCGCACGUAACCCGACGUCUGUCCAGCGCGGUUCAGUACAGUUUCUCUCAAUGUAUCCUGGUGACCCUACGACGCCUGGAUCUCCCGCGUACGAGAACAGCACACGCACCGAGGGUGAAAACAUUCCCCGGAUUCCGAGCCUGCCAAUCUCGUGGGCGAAUGCGCAGGUGUUGCUCAAUGAGAUCUCUGAAGGCGGGCUGAACCGGACGGUGUCGCUUGUCAACCAUGUGGACACUGGAGUUAUCCCGAUCUGGAACACGAUGGGUGUUAUCCCUGGGCAUAUCAAGGACGAAGUCGUUAUUGUGGGAAAUCAUCGUGAUGCAUGGGUCAUGGGCGCGACCGACCCUUCGUCUGGCACUGUGUCAACUCAUGAGUUCGUCCGCGGACUGGGUCACCUUCUCAAGAAGGGAUGGAAGCCGCUGAGGACGCUCGUCAUCGCAAGCUGGGACGCUGAGGAGUAUGGUUUGAUCGGUAGUACUGAGUGGGGAGAAGAUUUCGCAGACUUCAUUGAGGAGAACGUUGUCGCGUACAUCAACCUUGACUCUUCUGUCUCUGGCGCUCGCUUCGGAGCCAGCGCCUCUCCUUCGCUGUCCCACCUUGUCCGUAGUGCUGCAGAGGAGAUCCCACAUCCAACAAUACCCGGGAGAUCCCUAUGGGAUGCCAGGAACGAUGUUGGUAUCUUCCAAGGUACCGCCAAGGAGGGGGUCCUCGAAAUGUACGAGGCUGAAGCACAGCAGGCGGACGACCUUGGCGUCAACCCGCUAGGCUCCGGCAGUGACUACACAGUGUUCUUGCAGCACAUUGGAGUUGCGAGCACGAAUAUGGGCUUUGGAAAUACCCCCCAUGAUGCGGCUUAUCACUACCACUCUGUCUACGACUCCCAGCGGUGGCAGGAGCUCUACGGGGACCCGGGCUUCUUCCGCCAUGUGGCCAUCGCAAAGUUGCUCGGACUCCAAACUCUUCGUCUUCUGGACUCUAUCACCCUUCCAAUCAACACCACUUACUACGCUUACGAGCUAGGCAGCUACUUGGAACGGGUCGAGUCUAUCGCUAGCGCGACUUCGCUCGACGUAGACUUCUCGUCUCUCCGACACUCGUUGCACGCCCUCCAGAGAGCGAGCAUCGCUCUCGACCAGGAGAAGUAUGAGGCGGAGAAAGAGCUGAAGAAGAUUGUUCGGAAGCUCAUGAGACGCAGGAUCAUUCACCGUAAGGUGCGCAAGGCGAUCUGCAAGAUCAAGAAGGUCUUUGGCAAGGAGUGCCACCAAGAGCACAAGAAGCUCGACAGUCAAGAGGCUGUGUCCGUUGUCAAUGUCCCAUCCUUCACCACUGAGGAAGGCCGUGCCAUCCAACCUCGCAUUGGACGCGCUCCCAUCUUGGUGAAGGAGCACCUCGAGGGACAUCAUUGUCAGAUGAAGGGCAAGGGCCACCACAACAAGCAUCUGUAUAAAAAGCUGAAGAAGGCAGUCAAGCGUGUCCGCAAAGCUAACCAGAAGCUCGUCGCAUUCGAGCGGGGCUUCAUCUCCAAGGAUGGUAUCAAGGACCGCGAAUGGUACAAACAUCUCGGUGUCGCCCCUGGCAAGUGGCUCGGUUACGGUGCGACUACUCUGCCCGCUCUUACAGAGUCCUUUACUAUUGAUAACAACGCUACUCUUGCCAAGUACGAGAUCAAGAGGCUGCAGAAGCUCGUCGACAAGCUCGCAGAUAAGAUCGAGCCUUAAUUGUUUAACUGGCGGUGUGCGCCGGAUUCUAACAUGUAUUGAACAUUCGUCUGUAAUCUCUUGACUGCUGAAUAUACUGGGCUAUGUUGUCUGGUC